AUGGCGCUCGCGUCGCUAGCGUGCGCGUCUCCUACCGUCGCCGCGUCCUCACUCGCCUUUGUCGCAGCGCGCGCAACCUCCUUUCGCCGUCACUACGCCUACGCCGCUCUCGCGCUGCGCCUGCCGCUCAUGCGGCCGCCGUUCCCCGCGCUUUCCGCCGAUCCCUCCGGCCUAUGCACGCGCAACCAGCCCCCGUUACGCGCACAACCCCAAUCGCAAGCGCAGUCACAGCCGCGAAUGCAGGUCCCAAUGGCGGCUAGCGGUGGGGGGAAGGGUUUUGGGGGUAGCAGCGGAACGUCCUCUUCUAGGCGCAGCAGCUCCGGGGGACGCGGCGGUAGAGCGGGAGGAGGAGGGGUAGGCGGAGGCGGAAGCGGAAGGGGGGGCGGAAGUGGGUUGGCGGAUGCGCGCAGCAGCGAUCCCGCGGAGGCUUUCGGGUUGCCGGAACGAUCAGUGGCGCUAAACGAGCUCAUGCGCGUGCUGCUAGAGGAGGAGAUGCGCCAGCCGCACGAGCGCAUGCAGCACGCGCGCGAGCAGCGCGACCUGGCGGAGGCGGCGCUGGAGACGCGCCAACGCUGGGAUCGGCGGCGGGAGGCGCGCGGCCGGCGCGCGGAGAGGCAGGGGCGCGCGGAGGCCGCCAUGGACGCGAUGGACGCGGAGGAGGCGGCGAUUGCGGCGGCCAUGGCGAAGGUCAAACCGGGUGACCCUAGCCACCUGAUCCCCGCGGAAGAGGAGCUACAGAUGUUCAAGGAGUGGGCGGCGCGCAAGCUGCGGGGCGCGCCCAGGGGCGCGGAGGGCGUGGCGGUGGCGCGCGGACUGGCGCACAUGCGGCGCACGCUGGAGGGCGCGGUCAGGGAGGAGCAGGACGCGCGCAGGCGCGGAGGCGCAGGCGGAAGCGGGGGCAGCGGGGGGGUUAGGGAGAUUGAGGGGAGUGGGGAGAGAGGGGGAGGGGUGAGGGGGAGGAAGGGGAAUGAGGGGGGGAGGGUGGAACAGGCAUGGGAGAGGGAUCAGCGCGAGUGGGGGACGAUGUGGGCCAAGGGGAGUGGGGGAAGGGGCGCGGGGGAGGGGGGAAGGGGCGCGGGGGAGGGGGGAAGGCGCGCAUUGGGGGAUGGGGUGGCGGAAGUGGUGGCGGGGUUGGAGGAGAGGCGGCGGAGGAUGGGGGGAGGGGAGGGGGAGGGGCGGAGAGGAGUCCGGGGAGAGGGGGAAUGGGGGGCGGAAAGAGGGGAGAAGAGGAGAAAAUGGGGGGGAGAGAGGGGAGAGGUGGAUACGCGGAGAGGGGAGCGGGGGGGGCAUGUGAGGGCGAGGAGUUGGGGCAGUGGGGCGGAACGGAGGGGCGGAAGCUAUGAGGGGAGGGGGGACGUGAGCAUGGGGGGAGAUGUAAGAAGCGUGCCAUGGUUGCGAGAGGGAGGCAGGGCGGAUGGGGGAGUGUGGGACUUUAGGGAUGGAGCAAGGGCAGCAGUGGCAGGAAAGGCAGCAAGGGCCGGACGGGAAGGAAGGGAGGGAAGGGAAGGCAGUGGGGUUUGGGCUGGUGGUGAGGUGGUGGAGAGAAGGGGACGAGGGCGCUUGGAUAAGGGGGCGAGAAGCGAGGGGGUUCCUGCUCCUUCCUCCUUCUCCUUCCCUUUCCCCUCCCACGCUGACCAUUUCUCACCUCACAGGAUGCCACCCCUCCUCCCUUCCUCCCUCCCUCUCUCUCUCCCCUUGCCGUAUCUCCCCCCCCCCAUCCCCCACUCCCACCCACCUUUCCAGGCGAACCAGAAGCAAACUCCUCCCUUCGCCGGGCCCUUGGGGCCGCCUCUCUCUCCCCCGUUCUCUCCUCUCCACACUCACCCUGCCGCUGCCGCCCAUCCAUUGCUGAACAGCAACAGCAACAGCAGCAGCAACAGCAGCAGCAACAGCAGCACUGCACCCAGCUCCUCUCCUACCACCACCACCUCCCCCACGCACCCGGGAAUGUCCCCUGCUCUCCGCGCGCUCAUCACUGGGCGUGCGGUUGGUGGUGGUGGUGGUGGUGGUGGUGGUGGUGGGGGCAUGGGGCUUGCUGGGACUGAUGCAUUUGCUGGGCAGAGAGGGCUUAGCAGCGUUGCUGCUGGGGCGGGAGAGGAUAUGUGGGAUAGACUGGAAAGCGAAAUGAGUGCUAGCAUCGAGGAGGGGGCAUGGGGAGAGAAGGAGGGGGAGACUCAGGUGCAGACAGUCAAGGGACUGCAAGGCAACAGCAAGAGCAAGGGUAGUGCCAUGCCUGCCAUGCCAGCAGUGCGACCCACCAGCACAACCGCCUCUCCCCCGUUCACUCUCCCAGACAACCUCGACGGGCCAGCCGGCUCAGUCUUCCUGAUCGACAAGCCCAAGACCUGGACGUCCUUCGACGUCUGCGGGCGCCUGCGCCACCUCCUGGGGAUCAAAAAGGUGGGCCACGCGGGGACUCUCGACCCCAUGGCCACCGGCCUGCUCGUCGUGUGCGUCGGCCGCGCCACCAAACUCGCAGACUCCUAUCAAGCCAUGACCAAGGAAUACACAGGCGUGAUGAAGCUGGGAGAGGGUACCCCGUCGCUGGAUGCGGACACAGAGGUGUGUGAGAGGAGCGAGUGGGAGGGGGUGACGGGGGAGAGGCUGAGGGAGGCGGCGGAGGGGUUUCUCGGGGAGUGCUGGCAGGUGCCACCGGCGUUUUCGGCGCUGAAGGUGGGGGGGGUGAGGGCGUAUGCGAUGGCAAGGAAAGGGCAGGAGGUGGAGCUGAAGGCCCGGCCGGUGACGAUCGAGGAGUUUGAUGUGUGGCGGGCGGGGGAGGGGGAGGGGGAGGGGCGUGUGGGAGAGGACGGCAGCAGUGACAGCGGCAGUGGCAAUAGCGGCAGCAGCAGCAGCAGCAGCAAAAGCAGCAACCCUUUCUCGUCGAGCCAGUACGUGCACUUCCGAGUGGUGUGCUCCAAGGGCACCUACGUCCGCACUCUACUGGCCGACCUAGCGCAGGCCGUAGGCACGGUGGGGCACCUAGUGGCGCUGAGGAGGGAGAGGAUUGGGGACUUGAAUGUGCGGCGUGCUGUGAGUGUGGAUGAGGUGGUGCAGGCAUGGAUUGAGAAGCACCCUGGGGAGGAGGUGCGCGGGGGGAGAGGGGAGGGUGGGGGGCGGGGCGGGAGUGGUGGGGGAGGGAGGAGGGGUGGGAGAGGGGGAGGGAGGAGGGGGAAGGGUGGGAGGGAAGGUGGGUUUGAGGGGAAGGAACGGGAGUGUGCAGUGCAGCGCCCCGGAGCGAGGGAAGCCAUUGGAUCCACUCGGGAAAGCAGCAGGUGUAGAGGCGACUCGACUCGCCAUCGGAUGGAGGUUGCAGUGAGGGCGCUCGGCGCGCAGCUGGCGGAGAUGCGGAGGGAACUGGCGGAAACGCGGAGAGAACAGGCGGAGACGCGGAAAGAAAUGGAGGAGUUGAGAGCGAUGGAGCAGCGAGUGCGAAUGGAGGUGGCACAGGCGCGGGAGGAGAGGCAAGCAGGAGCGAAUGAGUGGCGGCACCAGCUGGCAGGAGUGAGCGCUGCAGUGGUGGAGAGGGAGAGAGAAACAGGGGAGAUGGCUCGGGCUGUGAGUGCACUCCAGUGCAAGGUGCAGGGGGUGCAAGGAUUUAUGCGCAGCCGUGCAGGGAAAGGGGAGGUGGCGGCUGUGAGGAAGCGACUAGGGGGAUUGAGGAAGGGCGUGAUGGGCGCAGUGAGAAGAGAGGUGGCAGCAGCGGUGAGGGCGGAAGUGGCAGCAGCAAUGGGGGAGAGAAGAGGAGCGAAGCAAGAGGUGCAAGGGGCGGUGCAGCGAGAUGAGCAGCUAGAGGAGCAGCGAGAGGAGCGGCGAGAGGAGUGUGAGAGUGAAAGCAAGUGUGGGAGUGAGUGUGAGCACAAGGGCCUUGUGGCGCAGCUGGUGCAGGAGAAUGCGACCCUCAUGUGCGAGAAGACUGUUGCCGAAGCAGAGCUGCGAGAGCUGCGAGCACAGUUAGAGGCGCUGAGAGCAAGUCAACAGAGAGAAGGGAUGGGAAUGGAUAUGGGGUUGCAGCCAGUACAGGGACAAGAGGAGGCAGGACGGGUUGAGACUCAUGAUUGCAAGGAGCUGGCAGGAGAAAGCACUGCAGUGGCAGCGAGGGAGGGAGAAGUAGGAGAGGUGGGUCGGGCUAUCAGUGCGCUCCAGGCUACGGUGCAAGGGGGUAUGCAGAGCGGUUAUGUAGGGGAUGUGGCGUCAAAAGUGAGGCUGGCAGGGGCAUGGAAGGACGUGUUAGAAGCAGUGAAAAAGGAGGUGACAGAAGUGGUGUUGGCUGUGGUGACGGUGGACGAAGACGACGGGGCACGAGUGCUGACACCGAUGCAGAAAUUGAGGGUGAGAAUGCUGGGGCCGCACUCGGAGCGAGAGUUCCGGAGAGCGAUGGGGCAGAGAAUGUUGCGGGCGAUGUGUGAUUGCGAGAACAAGGGGUGUGUGGCGCACCUGGUUCAGGAGAGCUCAGAGCCUGAGUAUGUGAAAAAGGCAAAUGAUGCAUCAGCAGAGGUGAAAGAGCUAAAAGAGGCUUUGGGUGCUGCACUGCGGAGGAAUGAUGAGAUGGGCGCCAUGGUGGAGGAGAGGGCGAAGGAGCUGGCUCAAGUGAAGGGGGAGCUGAAUAGGGUGUUGGCUGAAUGGCAGAGACAAUUGACUGAAGCUCCAAGAGAGCUGGACGUUGACAAGGAAAUCAGGGAGAGCACGGGGGAUCGACGGGAGAUAUGGCAGGUGAGCGUGAAUGUCUUCCCUGUACUUCCCUUGUUAAAAGAAAUACAAAAAAAAAGGUAA